CUGCCUGUUGUGCUCUGUGCCAGAGGUUACAUAUUUGGGUAAAGUUUCCACAACAGGGAUGCAAUUUUUGUCAGGCUGCACAGAGAAACCAGUCAUUGAAUUAUGGAAGAAGCACACGCUUGCCAGGGAGGAUAUUUACCCAGCUAAUGCUCUUCUGGAAAUUCGCCCUUUCCAAGUCUGGCUGCAUCAUCUAGACCUCAAGGGCGAGGCAACAGUCCACAUGGAUACCUUUCAGGUAGCACGUAUCGCCUACUGCACUGCUGACCACAACAUCAGCCCAAACAUCUUUGCUUGGGUCUAUAGGGAGAUCAACGAUGACUUGUCCUACCAGAUGGACUGCCAUGCUGUAGAGUGCGAGAGCAAGCUGGAGGCCAAGAAGUUGGCUCACGCCAUGAUGGAGGCCUUUAAGAAGACUUUUCACAGCAUGAAAAGUGAUGGCCGGAUCCACAGGAAUAGUUCAUCAGAGGAAGUGUCUCAUGGAUUUGAAUCUGAUGAUGGCUGACUGAACUCAUUCAUGAUUCAGCAAAGGCAGAAAUGGCCUAGGGAAUCAGAGCUGAUAGAUGAAUAAGCAACAGUUGAAAUUGGGGAACAGAAAGACUGCCAAACUCUUGGCUGACUAGCUUUUUAAAAUCAAGAGAGUAAUUUGGUACCUAAAGAUAUGCAUCAUUAAAGUAAUUACGUUACAUUGAAACCUGCUGCUGUUGUAAACAUGAAAAAAAGCUUCCCCCUCUUUUGCCCCAAAUGUCUUGCACCCACUCAUUGCUGCCCCUUUCUCAUCUCUGUAGUUCAGGUGCAUAUUGCAAAGUAGAGUCAUUCCUGUUUAUCUUAAAAGACUGGACAGGCAAUAUUAUUGGUUGCUCCUCUGGUGUUCCUAGCGUGGGGGGGGGGGUGAUGAUUACGCAGAAGACCAAGUAGACCUGGAAAGCCCUAAUGGCUCCCGAAGAAUCUCUCUGUGAUGCAUCACAAAAGUAAUUUGAUCAUACAUAUGUUAAGACAGCCAAACAUAGCCUUUUAGACUAGUGGCCUGGCAUUCUGCAGUUAAUUCACAUUUCACAGAUUAAAAAAUGAAAAAAGAUGCUUGUAUGUACACAUUAUAUCAUAUGCUAUCCUUUAUUUUAUUCAUUGUACCUAUUUUCUUAAUAUACCUGCUGCCACCUCUUUCACUCAGCACCAGUAAUUGCAGUUGCAGACUGCAGGAUACCAAAAAGGGUGGGCCAAAUUCCCACGAUGGCUAGGAGUACAGCAAGCCAGCACCCUUAUCGUUUUCAAGUCCUUAUUUGCUCCCCAAGUGAGUGGCCCACUGGUGAAGAGUUGAGGGACUCUUGGGUCUGUUGUCAGUGUUUGAACUGUGACUUCUCAUCAACCUCAGGUCUGAAGUGGUAAGAAGAUGGCAGCCUCAACUCUGUGUUCUGUUGGCCCUGGUUGGAUGGAGCUGGUGCUGCCUAGUCAGGAAGCCAGGGCUGCAUUACCAUAAAAAUCAAAGGAAACAGUCCAGUAGGAGCCAGAUUUGAAUAUUUGUUCUGGCUUAGAAGCUCAUUUUAAGAUUCUCAUACCUUUCCUUGUUCACAGAUAUUAAGAGUCAUGCCCUUCUUAAACGCAGAUGUUUAAUAAAACUCAGAUAAAAGGAAAAACUUGUUUCACUUAAUAUUUUUUAAGGCCAAGAGCAGAUCCAUAUUUUGCAAGUAAUGCUGCUCCUUUAUACAAUGCUAUUUGUAAUUUUGGUACUGUUAGGGGCACUGGGACACCUUACAGAAGCCUUAAAAGAAAGCUAAUUGAAGCAGAUAGCUCACUGUCUGUGUUUUGUGGGUUUAUAUGUUUGUAUGUGAGUGUGUAUGUGCAAGUCCAGUGUUAAAGCAUGUAGAUUGAGCAUGGAGAUAUACUGAGGAGGGCCCACAUCCCUUGAAAAUACGCUUAUUGCUUUACAAUGUAUGUAAACUAUUCUGCAGCAUAAAUGCAUUCAUACUUUAAUAAAAAAAAGUUUGAGUUAA